UGGCCCACUGUUGGCCCACUGUUGAGUCCGUCCUUGAGCCUAAGUCUUCUUAUACCAUUUAAUUAUUCCUGUCAUAAUUCUAUUCAGAGAGGCGUAGAGCUAUGGCGCCAGUAUUGCCGAAUUCCCAACCAUGGGUUGAGAAAUAUCGACCAAAGCAAGUUAAAGAUGUGGCUCAUCAGGAGGAGGUGGUUCGGGUCCUCACCAACACCAUUGAAACCGGUGAUUGCCCACACAUGCUGUUUUAUGGCCCACCUGGUACCGGAAAAACCACCUCCGCUCUGGCCAUCGCUCGCCAGCUUUUUGGACCUGAACUCUACAAGUCCAGGGUCAUGGAGCUAAAUGCAAGUGAUGAUCGUGGAAUCAAUGUUGUUCGUACUAAGAUCAAAGAUUUUGCUGCUGUGGCUGUAGGAUCUUCUGGUUCGCAUGCAGGGGGUUACCCUUGUCCGCCAUAUAAAAUCAUUAUCCUAGAUGAAGCAGAUUCAAUGACUGAAGAUGCUCAGAAUGCCUUGAGACGUACAAUGGAAACCUACUCCAAAGUUACAAGAUUCUUUUUCUUAUGCAACUAUAUCAGCAGGAUCAUAGAGCCACUUGCUUCAAGAUGUGCGAAAUUCAGGUUUAAGCCACUUUCAGAAGACAUCAUGAGCGAUCGUAUAUUGUACAUUUGCAAAGAAGAAGGCCUUAAUAUAGAUGCAGAGGCCCUUUCCACCUUAAGCUCUAUAUCACAAGGGGAUCUUCGUCGGGCUAUCACUUAUUUGCAAGGGGCUGCUCGCUUAUUUGGAUCAACAAUUUCAUCAAAGGACCUAAUAAGUGUAUCUGGGGUCAUUCCAAAGGAGUUUUUAGGUGCAUUUUAUGCAGCAUGCAAAAGUGGUGACUUUGAUUUGGCAAACAAGGAGGUCAAUAAUAUAAUUGCAGAAGGAUAUCCAGUCUCCCAGAUGCUUGUUCAGCUGUUUGAUCUAGUGGUUGAAGCAGAUGAUAUAUCAGAUGAACAAAAAGCUCGAAUAUGCAAGAGUUUGGCUGCAGCUGAUAAGUGUCUUGUUGAUGGUGCAGAUGAAUACUUACAGCUGCUGGAUGUGGCCAGCAACACAAUGCGAGCACUGUGUAACAUGCCACAAGAAUUCUCUUACGAGUGUUAGUGUCACGCUGAGAUGUUGUCUAUUAACUUAGUUAGCUGUCAGAAAACUUUUUUUUUUUUAUUUUUUUAUUUUUAUUUUUUAUUUUUUUAAACUUUCGUCGAAGAAGUUCUACUAACUUAUACAUUUACACCAGAGGCCUUGUUCUCUUCAAUCUUUUUGGUUCUUGCUAAAUGCGAUUAGCAUGCUUCAACCUACAACUGUUGAUUCAUUCAUGUCUAUUAUCAUUCUAUUUGAA